AUGCUUGAAAACGAAGAUAAAUCACUUAUUCUACCAAAUAAAAAUAUACCAAACUAUCCUAACGAAUUAGACCCACAACCUAGUCCAUAUAUUGAUCCGGAAAAUCCAAUUAUUUUAGAAGAACCAAAAAUUCCUGAACCAAAUCCAUUAAUUCUAGAAGAUCUUACAAAGUAUGAUGAACAAUAUAGAGUAGCAGAAACAAAAUUAUGGUGGAAAGGAUGGAAAUAUAUUAAAUGUAUUAUUGGUUUAAUUAUUGAUACUUACAUCGGCUAUUACGGAUGUCGUUAUCCAUGUCUUAGUUAUACCCUAUCAUAUUUUGCAUGGAAUAGACGUCGAAGUCUAUCAAGGUGUAUCAUAUUCUGGAAUUUAUAUCCGAAAGUUAUGAUUAUUAUAAUUUUCUCUUCUUAUAUAUUUGUAUAUUCUGGUGCUAAAUUAGUAACCAAUACUCCAGGCCCAGGAUAG